AGGCCAGACUAGGUUUAAGGCCGAGGUGCCCGGUCCAUUGCCAUACCCACAUUCGACUUGACACUGCUUUGGGGAGUGUCGUCCACAGAGAGAGUGAGAGAGAGAGAGAGAUUAGAGAGUUGAUCUCUUCGGAGUUCCUAGCGAGAGAGAAUAGCUGCCCUCCAUCUCCCUUCUCGCCAAUCUCUUCCAGAGAGAGAGAGCCUUUUUAAUCCACCUUAGAGAGAGACCCCCACCAUUACAAGCAGAGAGAGAGAGAGAGAGAGCAACGCCACCAUAGUUGUUCACCCAAAGAGAGAUUAGGCCUACUCCUAGUCCCACUUCCAGUCCUGCAAGGAAUAACCCAAAAGAGAUCUACUUCCUAGAGAGAAACCAUAGCUCUCUUCAACUACCCCAAAGAGAAAUCGAGACUCUUCCCAAUUCCUAAAGAGCCCCAGAUUGACAGAGGGAAUACCAAUUUUCUCAAAAUUCAAGGUACAGAGACAUUGGCGCGUUGGCUAGCUUACCAACUCCGACAGAGCGAAAGAGAGAGAAUCCUCCAUGGGUGCCGGCAUCGGCUGGACAGUCGCACUCGGCGCCACCACCACCGCCGCUGUUGCCUUGGCCAUUGCCGCCCGCCCUCGAGAUCCCACUUUCUCUCUCCUCUCAAUUUCUCUCUCCUCCCUCCACCUUCGCUUCCCCAUCCCUCCCAUCCCAAUCCUCGACCUCGAACUCACCCUCUCCAUCUCCGUCACCAACCCCAACCUCGCCCCCAUCUCGUAUUCGCCCUCUGCAAUGUGCAUUUAUUACGAUGAUGCCCUUCUAGGCCAAGCCAAGGUCGAGGCAGGCUCACAACCGGCUCGAUCUGUUCGAACCCUUCGGCUAAGUGCCCGGCUCGAUGGGCUCGAGCUCACCCACCACUUGGCCAGGCUCAUAUGGGACGUCAUUAGGAGGGAGAUGGAGCUCAAGGCAGUGGUUAAAAUCGAAGGGAAGGCUAAAUUGCUUGUAUGGGAUCACCCAUUUGUUAUCUAUGUGGAGAGCAAUGUGUUGGUGGACCCUCUCUUUCUCGAUGUGCUUGAUCAGGAGACCAGGUCCAGGCUAGAGCUUUCUCUCUCUACAAACACU